CACAUGUGCUACAACGAGAUAAACACACUGCUAUAAAAGCAGCACAACUGACCAUAUUGUGUCCGGACAGGUGAACACAGUGGGCAGUAUGAUGAUCUUAUUGUUAGCUCUUCUGGGUGCUGCAGUGGCAGCACCGCUGGAUGAUAAGAUAGUUGGUGGUUAUGAAUGUAAGGCUCACUCUCAGCCUUGGCAGGUCUCUUUGAACAUUGGAUAUCAUUUCUGUGGUGGUUCCCUCAUCAAUGACCAGUGGGUCAUCUCUGCUGCUCACUGCUGGAUUAAUCCCUAUAGUCAGAUAGUUAUCCUGGGUGAGCACCACAUCUGGGAGUAUGAAGGCACGGAGCAGUACAUGGCUGUGGAUGCCAUCUACUGGCACCAGAGCUAUGACUACCAGACGAUGGACUAUGACAUCAUGCUGUUGAAGUUAGCCCACCCUGUAACGAUAAAUGAGUUUGUGAAGCCUGUUGCUCUGCCCACGACAUGCCCCACUCCUGGGGAGAUGUGUACGGUGUCUGGCUGGGGUAACAUCUACUCAGACUCAGUGUUCAACCCGUUUCACCUCCAGUGUGUCGAGGUUCCCAUUCUCUCUCAAGAAGUGUGUGAGAACUCAUAUCCAGGAAUGAUCACAAAGAACAUGGUCUGUGCUGGAUAUCUGGAGGGAGGCAAGGAUGCCUGCCAGGGUGACUCUGGAGGUCCUUUGGUGUGUAACCGUGUGCUGCAUGGUAUUGUAUCCUGGGGUUAUGGCUGUGCUCAACCUGAUCAUCCUGGUGUCUACACUAAAGUGUGCGCGCUGCUGCCAUGGAUCAAUGACAUUCUUAACAGCUAUUAGUUCUGCAGACAACCAAACUGGUCAUCUCCAUUAAGACUGCACAGAAAUAAUACAUCUCUUAGACUCCUGUACUAAAUAAACAGUAAAAAAAAAACUGAAUAAGAACAAAUAAAAAUGCAUAUAGAA